AUGAGGUUACUUGUUGGUUUAUUCUUAACUUUAUUGAGUUUUAGUGCAAAUUCUAAAUAUGAUGUAAGUCAAAUAACUUUGUCCAGUGUAAUAUUAAAAUAUGCUUUUAUGAGUUGUUUUGAAACUAAAUCUUUUUAUAUGGUUAUGUAUGAGAUAUAUAUGAGUAGUUUUUAUGCAAACAAAAUUUAAAAAGAAAAUUGUAGCCGAACUGGGAUUCGUUAGAUUCUCGACCAUUACCCUCAUGGUACGAUGCUGACAAGUUUGGUAUCUUUGUACAUUGGGGAGUGUUCUCAGUACCAGCUUAUCACAGUGAAUGGUUGUGGUCGUAUUGGAAACAACAGGAUCCAGAUGUGGUCAAGUUUAUGGAAAAAAACUUUCCAGGUCAAAGCUACGGUGAUUUGGCAUCAAAGGUACUGUAAUUCGUAUGUUGCUGUAGUAUGUUUUAGUUCACCGCAGCUGACUUUGACGCCAAAUCAUUUGCUGACAUUGUAAAGGCAUCUGGGGCAAAGUAAGUUAUUUACUUUACUGUUAAGAUCUGGAUGUGUAAAAGUAAAAGUUGUAUAUUAAUUAAGGAAAGAAAAAACUACAGUAUCUUUUAUAAUAUAAGUUGUUUAGAUAUUUUGUUGUCACUAGCAAACACCACGAAGGCUACACGUUGUGGCCAUCGUCAACGUCCUUCAGCUGGAAUUCUGUUGAUAUAGGCCCUCACCGUGACUUGAUUCAAGAAUUCAGAGAUGCCAUUACUGAAGCCGGGAUUCAUUUCGGUCUUUAUUUUUCUCAAAUGGACUGGUUCCAUCCUUUAUAUCUCAAUGAUAAGACUGAUAAGACCAACAACUAUCCAGGUAACGUGUCUCUGAUUCAGAUGACAGAGAUCGUGAACAGGUAUCACCCAGAAGUGUUGUGGAGUGACGGUGAUUGGGAGAUGAAGGAUACCUACUGGAAGAGUCAGGAGUUUAUCGCUUGGUUGUUCAAUGAAAGGUACGGUAACGAGUAUUGGGUACUGUAAAGAGAAGUGGAUAUUGUAAAAUCAAAGAUUGUGUAAAGAAGAUGGAGUUUUUUAGGCGCUAGGACAAAUGCGGUUUUUGGACACUUGCGGAUUUUUUAAAGGGGUUUUUUUUAUUUUUUAUUUAAUUUAGUUGUAGUAUGGUACUAAAUGGUACUAAAGUUUAAAUUGGCACUGUCUUAAUAUUUCUUAAUGUUAAAUAGUACUAAAUUUUGGGGCCAAUGAAGAAUCGUUACCCAGUGCAUUAUAGUUCCCAACGGUGCAUAACCGUUCCCCCAAUUAUUUAUUUUUAUAUUUUAACAUCUUCAAUUUAGAAAUAAAAUUCGAGCGGUGGUGCGUUGGGGAGAGAUACAUAGUAAAGGGUUAAGGAACAAUAGUAAAGCGUUGGGGAAUGGUAGUAAAGCGUUGGGGAAUGGUAGUAAAGCGUUGGGGAAUGAUAGUAAAGCGUUGGGGAAUGAUAGUAAAGCGUUGGGGAAUGAUAGUAAAGCGUUGGGGAAUGAUAGUAAAGCGUUGGGGAAUGGUAGUAAAGCGUUGGGGAAUGAUAGUAAAGCGUUGGGGAAUGAUAGUAAAGCGUUGGGGAAUGAUAGUAAAGCGUUGGGGAAUGAUAGUAAAGCGUUGGGGAAUGGUAGUAAAGCGUUGGGGAAUGAUAGUAAAGCGUUGGGGAAUGAUAGUAAAGCGUUGGGGAAUGAUAGUAAAGCGUUGGGGAAUGGUAGUAAAGCGUUGGGGAAUGAUAGUAAAGCGUUGGGGAAUGAUAGUAAAGCGUUGGGGAAUGGUAGUAAAGCGUUGGGGAAUGAUAGUAAAGCGUUGGGGAAUGAUAGUAAAGCGUUGGGGAAUGGUAGUAAAGCGUUGGGGAAUGGUAGUAAAGCGUUGGGGAAUGAUAGUAAAGCGUUGGGGAAUGGUAGUAAAGCGUUGGGGAAUGAUAGUAAAGCGUUGGGGAAUGGUAGUAAAGCGUUGGGGAACGGUAGUAAAGCGUUGGGGAAUGGUAGUAAAGCGUUGGGGAAUGAUAGUAAAGCGUUGGGGAACGAUAGUAAAGCGUUGGGGAAUGAUAGUAAAGCGUUGGGGAAUGGUAGUAAAGCGUUGGGGAACGAUAGUAAAGCGUUGGGGAAUGAUAGUAAAGCGUUGGGGAAUGGUAGUAAAGCGUUGGGGAAUGAUAGUAAAGCGUUGGGGAACGGUAGUAAAGCGUUUGCCAAUAAUAGUAAAUUAGAAUACGUAGUCAAUUACCUCGAAUACUGUGUUUUAUGGCGUAAAGUCCGGUGGCCAAAACCAGGAUCCUUGAGCCCAUUGUACGCCAUCUGUGUCGAGACCGAAAGGUUAGAGUUCGAAAAGUAGGUACCAUGACGAGUAGAGCGGGUUCAGCAAUCAGUACUUCCGUUUCGACAUCUCCACUGAAACAACAUAUGAUAUAUAUAAACAACUAACUUACCAUGUAUUUAUCGGCCAGUUCAGACUUUUUUUACAACUUCAUAAUCGACGAACAUUGCUGGCACGAAUAAGCCGGUGGGAGAAGAGAGUUGUCUAUCAUGAUCUGAAUAGCAGUGGUAUAUGCUUGCUUCUCUUGCACCGUGUUCCAUUUUUCGACCAUCCAAGACCGAAUAGAAAGAAAGAAUGAAAAGCUUUUCAUAAUGAAAAUGAAAAAAUAUGUGAAGCAAAAAUUUGCAUAGUUUUAUUUAUUCUCACCGUGGGGAACGAUUAUGCCUUUAUGAGUGGGGAACGAUUCUUCGAUUUUGUGGGAACGAUUUUGCAUGAGCGCCUAAAUUUUUAAUCGGUACUGUUUUUGUAUUUUUGGUACUAUAUAGUACUAAAAGCCCAAAAAGGUACUGUUAUGUUAAAACCGUACCAAUUCAAACUUUAGUACAAUUUAGUACCAUAAUACAACUAAAUUAACUAAAAAAUAAAAAAAACCCCUUUAAAAAAUCCGCAAGUGUCCAAAAACCGCAUUUGUCUUAGCGCCGUUUUUUAAUAUGAAUCAAAGUGUAAUGUUAAUAUAAUUUCAGUCCUGUGAAGGAUACGAUAGUUGUGAACGAUCGGUGGGGCUCAGACAUUCCUGGUCAUCACGGAAGCUACAUCACUGGCACCGACAGAUUCAUGCCUGGUAAACUGCUGAAACGGAAGUGGGAGAGCUGUAUGACAUUGGACAAACAAAGUUGGGGAUUCAGACGCAACAUUAAAGUAAGUGGAUGCAAAUUGAUAUUGAUAAUACUGCUAUUCAACAUAUAAUACAUAAAACGAAUUAUAGUAUUUUUAUACAGUCUUUCUCUAAAAAAUAUUUACCUUACAGAGUAGUGACGUACUAACAACGAAAGAAGUCCUCACGAUAAUGGCCAAAGUCUUGGCAUGGGGAGGCAACUUGUUGUUGAACAUAGGCCCAGAUCAUCUUGGCAACAUCUCUCCCAUCUUCGAGGAACGUUUGAGAGAUAUUGGCACGUUUGUCGAAGCCAACAAGGAAGCCAUCUUUGAUACGAAGCCGUGGAUAUUCCAGAAUGAAUCUGAUACUAUAUGGUGGGUCUUGUUUUUAUUGUUAUAUCAGUUAAUAUAACUUUAAGCUAGCUAUAUUAAUUAUAAAUUUUUCUUAUAUGGCAUGAGUUCUGGUUAAUAUGUUAUUGUAUGUUUGAGAAUGUUGUUGAUUACUUUGUGAUAAUGUUUAGGUACACAAGUAAAACAGAUGAUCUUCUGACUGGAAACGAGUACUUCAAUCCUCAGAUUGAAGGAAUUACCACGGUUUAUGCAUUUUUAUUAGAAUUUGAAGAUUCUGUAGCUCUACGACUCAUAAAACCAACAGAUAAUGUAAGCCGUCGUAUCUUGUAUAGCUAAGUUAUAUUAUUUAUUAUCGGUUAACAACGAAAUUGAAAUUUAGGCCAAAUCUUACUUCUUAUCAGUAAAGUAUUUUUUGAAAUUUAAGAAUUCUAUAAGGUUAAUUAUAAUCUUAUAUGUUCUUGUAGAUAAAGGUAACCCUGCUUGGUACUAGUACUACUUUGAAGACGACUGUUAAGGGUGGAGUGUUUACAGUAAUCCUACCGUCUUUCAAAAAGUUUCCACACAAAGAUGCCAUUGUUUUGAAGAUAGAAAACGCCAAAUCUGAUAAGGUAAGUAAUAGCUUUACAAUACAGUAUCUUUUACAGUAUCGACCUAAUGUGUACAAUCAUCUCUAA